UACUAUAUGCGUCAACUUUUCAUUAAUGAGAAUGCGAUUUAUAAUACAUGCCUUAUAGCUAUAUGCAAAUUUUCAUUGAUGCCGACCCGUGCGAUGGUGGUGGCAAGUGGGUGAUGACACUAUAUUGAUUCCUCGCCAAUCUACGCGACACAUGUUUUUGACAGUUGUAUUGUAUGCUCGAAGACCUUAAACUGUGGCGGUUCGGUUGAAUUCUGCAAUGGCUUGAAGCGUAAAUCGAUGAACGUUCGCUCUCUUUGAAACUUUUCUGAAACGGAAGAGACAUGUUGACGAGGAAAGACGUAUAGGUUAAAGGUACUUUAUCCUGCUGAAUGAAAUACCGUUCUGUAUUGUCCCGCGAGCAUACGAACAUGGACAACAUGGCGACUGCGGAGUGUUUGACCCUAGAUUUCGGCCCAUUUGAGACAGUACAUCGAUGGCAACGUAUGCCGGAAUGUGAUGAAUUCGUCGGUGCUAGACGUAGCAAACACACUAUUGUAGCAUACAAAGAUGCGAUUUAUGUUUUUGGUGGUGACAAUGGUAAAAAGAUGUUGAAUGACUUGUUGCGCUUUGAUGCAAAGGAGAAGUCCUGGGGACGAGCAUUUGCAACUGGAGUUCCACCAGCACCACGUUACCAUCAUUCUGCUGUUGUCCAUGGCUCCUCAAUGUUUGUCUUCGGUGGUUAUACUGGGGACAUACAUUCCAAUUCUAAUCUCAGUAAUAAAAAUGAUCUAUUUGAGUAUAACUUUCAGACUGGUCAGUGGGCAGAGUGGAAGUUUGUAGGGAUGACACCAGUAGCUAGGUCUGCUCAUGGUGCUGCUGUAUAUGAUAAUAAGUUAUGGAUAUUUGCAGGCUAUGAUGGUAAUGCUAGAUUAAAUGAUAUGUGGACAAUAUCACUGUUGCCUGGUGAGCCUAGGGUGUGGGAAGCAGUUAUUCAAUAUGGCGAAUGUCCACCGACAUGCUGUAAUUUCCCUGUCGCGGUAGCCCGAGAAUCUAUGUUUGUUUUUAGCGGUCAGAGCGGAGCAAAAAUAACUAAUAGUCUCUUUCAAUUUCACUUUAAGAAGAGGCGAUGGACACGUAUAUCGACGGAACAUAUAUUACGUGGCGCGCCGCCUCCACCGGCACGGCGAUACGGUCACACAAUGGUCAGCUUCGACAGACAUCUCUAUGUCUUCGGCGGCGCGGCCGAAACGUCUUUGUCUAAUGAUCUUCACUGCUAUGAUCUAGACACGCAAACAUGGAACGUUGUAUUACCAUCCUCUGACAGUCAGGUACCGUCUGGCCGACUUUUCCACGCUGCAGCUGUAAUUGGAGAAGCGAUGUUUAUCUUCGGUGGAACUGUGGAUAAUAACGUACGAUCCGCCGAGACAUAUCGUUUUCAGUUCUCGUCGUACCCCAAAUGCACUCUACAUGACGAUUUCGGUCGACUUUUGAACAGUCGUCUAUCCUGCGACGUAGAGUUUAUUGUAGGUGAAUUAGAGACUAAGAUACCGGCACACAUUGCUAUGGUGGCUGCGCGUUCACAAUUUCUUCGGGCUCGAAUUCGAGAGGCGCGUGAGAAACGGGCAAUGCAUUUGGAAGAGGUGUUUGGUACUGCUGAUGUACCCAUUAAAGAUUUGCCGUUAGUAGAGGUAAAACUAAAAGAUGCUGUACCGGAAGCUUUUGAGAUGGUGUUAAACUAUAUCUACACCGAUCGCAUUGAUCCUACUAAAAGAACAGAUGAUGCGUUCAACGGUAAAAUUGAGGAUCCGCAAAGCAAUCGCAUCGUGCUUCUCAUGAUGGACGUAUACCGUCUUGCCGUACAGUUUAAUAUGGAACGUUUAGAACAGUUAUGUGUAAAUUAUCUCGAAGCAACAAUAAGCCACGCGAACGUCUUGGUGGCGUUGCAUAACGCUGUGCACUUGAAACUAUACUUCAUAAAAGAGUUUUGUCUAAGUUUCGUCGUAAAAGAGAGCAAUUAUAAUCAGAUCGUGAUGAGUCAGGAGUUCGAGACUUUGGAUCAGCCGCUAAUGGUGGAGAUUAUCAGACGGCGACAGGUGCCGCAAGCGAGAACUUUUGCUAAGUACGAGUACGAAUCUGGCGUCGCUCGUUUGCCAGGAACCAGCCUGGAACAAGAUAUGAAGGCGUUUUUGAAUAGCGUUGGUCUAGAAUUUUGCGAUAUUAGGCUGAUCCUGGAUGGCCUUCCGAUACCGGCACAUAAAGCAGUUCUUGCGGCGCGAUGCAGUUACUUUGAGGCUAUGUUUCGAUCUUUUAUGCCUCGUAAUAACAUGGUGAAUAUACAAAUUGGCGAGAUGAUACCGUCGUCAGAAUCAUUCCAUUCGUUACUGAGGUACAUUUAUUACGCCGACGUUUCGAUGCCGCCUGAGGAUUCCUUAUAUCUAUUCACUGCACCAGUAUUUUACGGUUUCACGAACAAUCGACUGCAGACAUUUUGUAAGCAAAAUCUUGAGACCAAUAUUACUUUUGAAAAUGUUAUACAGAUCUUGGAGGCGGCGGAUAGAAUGCAAGCUGGUGAUAUGAAAAAGUAUGCACUAAACUUAAUAGUCCAUCAUUUCAGCAAGGUUGCGAGAGUCCCUAGACUGAAACAAUUAAGCCGUGAGCUCUUAUUAGAUAUUAUUGAGGCGUUAGCUGAUGAACGUAGCGAAGGUAGAAUGUGUCAAGAUAUGACGAACGAUUGCUGACGGAUUUUUACUUCAGAUCAUCGUUCGUGCAAAUGGGAUUUGCUGUCAUCCUGCAGUUUCCAGUUAAACAGAGCAUAUGCCAGAUGUUGAUGACAAAAAUCUUUCAACUAUAAAACAAGAUUAUCCAAACGUUUCGGUCGUUAUUUUGACGCUCCUCGUGGGAAAGGAAAAGAAGAAAUGUUUACACGGGGAAAUUGGGUGUCACACGAAUUGAAAGGAAGAGAGACAUCGAAAGAAGAAAAACCGUGUGCGAAUUGUUGCUACAACAUCAAAAAGAAAGGGUUCUUUUACAUCGAAUUAUUACUAGCGAUGAAAAGUGGAUUUACUAUGAUAAUCCUAAACGCAAACCAGCAUGGGUUAAGCUCGGCGAACCUGGUCCAUCAACGCCAAAGUGAAGCAUCCACGGCAACAAGGUUAUACUGUGUAUCUGGUGGGAUAUGAAGGUGGUGUAUUAUGAGCUACUGCAACCGUCUGAAACUAUCACUGGUGAACGCUAUCGACUACAAUUAAUACGUUUGAGCCGUUUGGGCUGUGAAGGAAAAACGACCGGAAUGAGAGAAUAGACAUGACAAGAUAAUUUUACAGCAUGACAAUGCCAGAUCACAUGUUUAUAGAUCCGUCAAGAAUUAUCUAGAAGGAGUGAACUAGGAGAUUCUACCUCACCCGCUAUAUUCACCAGACAUUGCUCCCUCAGAUUACUAUUUGUUCCGAUCUAUGACGACGGCCCGUUCUGGAGAGCGGUUCAGUUCUUAUGAAGAAAUUAAAAAUUGGUUUCAUAACAGGAUCGCUUCAAAACUACCAGACUUCUACCAACGUGGAAUCCGUUUAUUGUCUGAAAGAUGGGCAAAGGUUGUAGCUUCCGAUGGAGCAUAUUUUGAAUAAAGUAAGAAUGAUUUAUUAUGUUUUAAA